AGUAAAUUUCUUGAUUAUAUUUCAGAUAUGUUUAUGGAAAAAAGGUUGAUGGAAGUGCAAUUUUCAAAAUUAGCAUUAAGAAUGAGAUGGGAAUUAUUGAAAUUGGGCUUACUAAAACAAAACAAGUUGAUCAAGGCGAAUCAAAACUUUCAUUUAAUCUUGAUGAAAUUAUAAAGCAUCCACAGAUUAAUAAAUUUCCACAGGGGAGUAAACUGGUUGUAGAAGUUUCUGUUGUUGAUAUGGCCACAGGAAAUAAAGAAAUUGCUCGUGACGAUUAUUGUGAAUUUGCAAAAUCACCUUAUCUUAUUUCAUUUAAGAAUUCUCUGAAGGAUUUCAAACCAGGAUUGAUAUCAGCUAUUACGGCUGAUAUUACUUAUGUGAAUGGGAGACCAGCAGCAAAUGUUCCAACUUACAUCAGUGUUAUAGAUUCUAAUAAUAAUCUGAUAGAAGUUGCUAAACCAAAGUACAUAAGUGAUGAAAAUGGACAUACCUUAUUCCAUAUUAACACUCCAAUUGGACCUGACUUUUUUACUGUUACGGUGACAACAAACGAUACAAGAUAUAAGCCUGAUCAGCAGUUUUCAGCAAAACAUGUUCUUCUUAAAUCUGUUUCUAAAGGUUAUAUUGCAAUUUCAAGAACUGAAGGAACCAGAAAAGUAAAGGUUGGUGACAAAUUCACAGCAACUAUAUUUACUGUUCCUCCAGAAAAAUUUGAAAACUUAUUCUUUUUGGUAAUGGCACAAGGUAAAAUUGUACACAUAAGUACAAUUCCAAAAGGACAGUUACUACAGAGACAAUUGGAAUUUCCUGUUACUGCAGAUAUGUCUCCUGUUUUGAGAGUUGUUGUAUUUUCUUUACACGAAAAUGAACUAGUAGUUGAUUCUCUUCGAGUUUUAGUAGAAAACCAAUGCUCUCGUUUUUCUGAAGUAAGAAUAUAA